AUGUCGAACAAGGCCAAGGCUAGCACCAAGUUCCGAAUGACCCUCGCCCUUCCCGUGGGUGCAGUGGUCAACUGCGCCGACAACUCGGGUGCCAAGAAUCUUUACAUUAUCUCCGUUGUUGGAUUUGGUGCUCGGUUGAACAGACUCCCUGCUGCCUCUUGUGGCGACAUGGUCAUGGCAACUGUCAAGAAGGGUAAACCCGAGCUGAGGAAGAAAGUACAUGUUGCAAUCAUCGUUCGUCAGCGGAAGCCUUGGCGCAGACGCGAUGGUAUUUUCCUUUACUUUGAAGAUAAUGCGGGGGUCAUCGUUAACCCCAAAGGUGAAAUGAAAGGUUCUGCUAUCGCUGGUCCAGUCGCCAAGGAAUGUGCAGAUCUCUGGCCCCGUAUCGCUUCCAACGCUGGAACAGUUGUCUGA